GUUGCAUCAUCAGAAAGCAGCGAUGGAAACCAAGUCAUCGAAAUCCAGCGUCCUCCUAUAUGUUCUUGUUCUUGCGCUGGUCCUGUCUCCAAUACUCCCAUGUCAAGCAGCUAGUGUGCAUCUAGGAGGUGGAAGCCCUGGAGGGCGUAAGCUGAUGGCACCGUCACCACCAGUUCGCAUGUGUCCACAGUGUGUGUGUUGUGCACCGGCGCCCCCUGGAUAUUGCUGCCCAUGUCGCUGUCCUGGUGGUCCCUAAAGAUUGUGAACUUUGCUAUCAAAGAUAAUACUGUGAAGUGUUUGAUAUAUGUGUAAUAUUUAUAUGUAUGAAUAAGUAAACAAGAAGUGUACUCUUUUUGUUUCUAAUAAGAAAUUUUUGAAUA